ACACUGUGUACGGUUGAUUUAACCUAAAAAUGUAAACACAUUAUAAAUAUUGCACACAGUUGUAUUUACACGAUUAACUUUGAACACGACACACACCAGCUAUACUCAACAGUCAUCAGACGUGACAAGCAUAGGCAUGUCCGCCCCACGCACGCGCAAGUUUGAGCAGAACUCAGAGAAGUUUGUAGAAGUAUCAGAAAGGGAGGUCCCUAUCAUUGAGAAGGCCAGAAAGGGGGGCAAAAUACAGGUCAUAUGGGUGAACAAUGAUGACAACAACACAGGGUACUGUAUUGAGCCUGCUUCCAUAGUGGCUGAUGGAUGGGACCACAUAGUUGACGAUGAUGGUACAGGCUGCAUUCAAAUAGAGAUCGUUCGGCACAAGAAGCUGCUAGAGACCAUCAAGGCCAACAACCUUGUGAAAUACCCAGCAACCCUUGUAGCGGCCAUGGGCAUAGAGAUGGACGUCUACGCCCAGCCGUACCAAGCAGACGAGGUCAACAGAGGACGGAACAACCAAAUUGCGUCGCGCCUGACAACGGAUUUAAAGAAGGGGUUUGAACCACAUCGAGUGGUGGGAAAGGCUUUGUUCGUGCGCACUUGUCAGGGGAAGCCAGUGUCCCUCACCGCGUGUAACUUCGUGCGUGCUUGCUGCUUUUUGGAUGAUGUACGUGCCGUGUAUAAAGACGAUAAGGGGCCUAUGGACCCCGCUUUACUUAAGAAGGCGUUCGAGUACUACAACCCGUUUCUAAACGAUACCAUGCUGCGAGAUGGAUGGAACCUCAACGGACGCGCUGUGGCCAAAGAAGGCACGAGCGAGGGCCUCCAGAGGGUCAACAACUACGAUCUCAUGUGACUGUGCGGUGUGUGUAUACGAAGGAUUACACCCUACACGCCCGUCAUAUACAAAUUGCUCUCUACAUCAUACGUGCAUGGGCGCGUUGUCAUACAUUUGCCAUCUAGAUACAAACGUAUGCAAUCCACACACCCUGCAACGGAACCAGUCCAGGCUCGGUCUAGAGUGUGCAAUAAAAUGAUCGGCCGUUGAGCCACAAACCAA